AUGCUCGACAACACAAUCCGCAUACGACCGCACGAAAUGGACAACAUGGCUGCGUCUCGCGCACAACCGACGCUCCCUCAACUGCUAAAAUCACAAGAACAUGCCGACUUCCUCAUUCGCACCAAGACUCGCGAGUUCCCAGUCCACAAGUGCAUCAUCUCGACUCGAUCAGCCUUCUUUAGAGGUGCUACCCGUGGGGACUUUAAGGAGGCGCACAAUGGUAUCGUGGAAGUCGAGGAACGUGCAGAAGUUAUUGAAGCGCUUCUUGAACUGAUCUACGAGACACCUCUAAGCUUCAUCCCACGGAAGGAUGACACUUGGGAGGUCAAAGAUCAGAAGGCUACAUUGGGCAAUGUCCAGCUCGCGAUCGAUCUUCAGCUCGCUGCAGACAAGUAUCUUGUGUAUGGCUAUGGCGAAAACCUCACCCUGGCCAUUGCACACUGUUUCGACAACUUCGACAAAGGCAUCGUAGAUGGACGCGAGUUGGCAGUGCAGAUGGCGACACAGGUCUUCCGGAAAGACGUCAAAGUCGACAUAGUCCCACGUGUAUGGACAGUCCUCACUUUGGCGAAGUCUCUCGAGGAGUUGAUGGCAGAUCCGGGAGCGUGGGCCCUUCUACUCCGACAUGGCGACUUGCUCAAAGCCAUUACUGAGGUCGCGCUGAAGUAUCAUGAGGACAUAAUGCCGCCAUGCCGACUCACGGAUCUGGGACAGGAAAUGUACUGGUCCAAUAUCAUUGGUGCGGUAUGCAGAUUGGCUGAGGUUGACGCGAAAGGUGAGAAGUACAGUGUCAAGGAAGUUCUUGCUGGCAUCAAGGUUCUCUGCAGGGAGCUCGACACCGGCUCGCCGGGGGACUGA